UCUAAAAAACACGCACACAUAUAACGAGAAAAAGGUAUUCAAGAGCCCGAAGAGGUACACCUAAACAUCCCUGCAGCACCGUAUGCGUGCCCAAAAACUGAACUGCGCGUCCGUCCCACCGUUCGACUACAGUAGCAUCACCCCCUGCCUGUCCCACUCUAUACCAAAACGGAAGAUUGCCGACUACAGCAUACUGAUGUCUGAAGUGCUGUCUGUACAAAAACACCAUGNCCAGAAAAAAAACGAAAGAAAUUGACAACACAGAUAGAAAUUUUUGUCCGUGCGCCACGGGUCGAUGUCGCCCGCAUGCUCCGGUGCCAUUGCUCCAUCCGGCGCCGCUGUAGUCAGCCCGAGCGUCACUCGACCUGCUCCCUCCGUACACGCUCUCGUUGCUGUCGUUCCCAAUCCGUUCCUCGCUUUCUCCCUCAUUGCACUCAAGGUUCUUGGUCUGAAAAAAAUAAAAAUUCUCGCGCCGAAUGGUCAACCAGCCUAGUUCAGCUCGUCGCCACCUGCUCCCUCCUCCUUUGAUGGCGAAGCCAGGUUACUGAGGCAAUACAGCUCCCUCUAGCAAACCUAGGGCCGUGUAGUGCCCGUCCACCUUUCUGAUGAUGUCUGCCUCCGCGCACAAAAAUGAGAUGGGCAUCACUGCCAACGCCGACGGCCAGAAAGGCCCGCGCAUCUACAUUUUCCCGCCUGACCCCAUCAGUGCC